GGAAAACCAACCACAGGACCUGCUACUCAGUAAACAGGAGCAUUUCAUUUUUGUUGGGAUCGUUAAGGAAAAGGAUAAUAGGAAUUCUACACAAUGGCCUCCGAAAGGGAUUUGUUUAAGGUUUCGGGACCUAUACAUCUAACCUCUAUGAACUGGAAAUGCCCACAUUACCAGAGAUCAGUUGUUGCAAGUUUGGUUCAGGGUGUAUAUGUUCUGGAGCGUGAUCGUCAGCAAAACCGCUGGGGUCCAGAAGCUCGUGCACCAGCCUGGUGGGAGAAUUUUCAUUUCGUACUAAUCAACAAGCUUAUGGAUGCCGGUGAUUUCUCUGUCUUUGGUGCUAUCUAUGAAUUCAAACCCGCUGUUCCCAUCCACAAUUCAUCAACUAAGAAUUCUCCAAAAUUUGUCAUCGCUUUCAGAGGUACCUUAACCAUGGAAGGCUCUCGUUCUCAGGAUCUUAAACUGGAUUUCCAUUUCCUCAAAAAUGGCCUUCAUCGGACAUCCCGAUGCGAAGCUUCAAUGCAAGCUGUUCAGAACCUGGUUACAACUUUUGGAAGAAACAGUGUAUGGUUAGCUGGUCAUUCUUUGGGGUCGGCCAUUGCAAUGCUCGCUGGAAAAAACAUGGCUAAGAUGGGUAUCCAUCUUAAAACUUUUCUCUUUAACCCACCUUUCAUCUCUGCUCCAGUUGAGAGGAUCAAAUAUAAGAAGGUGAAGCAGGGGAUCAGGAUUGCUGGCAGCCUCAUCACGGCUGGACUAACAAUGGCUGUGAAAGGUCAUCACAAUAAAUCUGAGGAUUCCUUUGCCAUGCUAUCAUCAUGGAUCCCCUAUCUAUUCGUGAAUCCAGCCGAUGAUAUCUGCUCGGAGUAUGUCGGAUACUUCGAACACCGAAGAACGAUGGAGGAGAUCGGAGCAGGACAUAUUGGGAGGUUGGCAACCCAGAAUUCUGUAUUGGGUCUUUUUUUGAGUGCACUGGGGAACGACUCUGAACCGUUGUACCUCCUUCCUUCAGCAAAUCUGACCGUAAAUUUGAGCCCUUCGCCGGACUUCAGGUGGGCUCAUGGUAUCCAUCAAUGGUGGAGGCCAGAUUUAAACUUGCAAUGCAAGGAGUACCUUUACAACUGAAAAAAAAAAAAAAGCAGCAACUUUAAUAUGAAGCAUUGUAAUUUCCUGUUCUUCUUAAAUGUGGUCAGGCAGAGUACCAUGCUAUGCUGCAUCGCUAAUUCAAUGCAUGAGAUUUCUUUUGAGAAAGCAAGUUAGUUCGUAAGUUAUCUACAUGUCGUGGAGUUUGUGUUGUCCCAUUACUCGCACAUUUCAUCACACUCAAAAUCACAUCAAUUUAAGAGUAUGGACGGUAAGUUCAGAGUGUAUACUUGUUAAUUGGCCCUUCCAAUGGCUUUGCUAAUGAAGAAAAGAUCCACACAUCCACGUAUAAUACAAUUAGAGGCAGCUCGGAUCUGCCCAUAUGUUUUAUCUGUGAACUCGAGACUGCUUUGGGAUCUUG